AUGGGUUACGAAGACUCCGUAUACCUGGCCAAGCUGGCCGAGCAGGCCGAGCGCUAUGAGGAGAUGGUCGAGAACAUGAAGGCCGUUGCCUCCGCGGACCAGGAACUCUCCGUCGAGGAGCGAAAUCUCCUUUCCGUUGCCUACAAGAACGUCAUCGGUGCUCGCCGCGCGUCCUGGAGAAUCGUUACCUCCAUCGAGCAGAAGGAGGAGUCCAAGGGUAACGAGGCCCAGGUUGGUCUUAUCAAGGAGUACCGCCAGAAGAUCGAGGCCGAGUUGGCCAAGAUCUGCGAGGACAUUCUCGAGUGCCUUGACAGCCACUUGAUCCCCUCUGCUGAGAGCGGCGAGUCCAAGGUCUUCUACCACAAGAUGAAGGGCGACUACCACCGCUACCUUGCCGAGUUCGCUGUUGGCGACAAGCGCAAGACCUCUGCCGACAAGUCACUUGAGGCUUACAAGGCCGCUACCGAGGUUGCUGCCUCUAGCCUGGCACCUACCCAUCCCAUCCGCCUCGGACUUGCCCUCAACUUCUCCGUUUUCUACUACGAGAUCCUCAACUCGCCCGACCAGGCUUGCCAAUUGGCCAAGCAGGCUUUUGACGAUGCCAUUGCUGAGCUCGACACCCUGUCUGAGGAGAGCUACAAGGACUCUACCCUCAUCAUGCAGCUCCUCAGGGACAACCUGACCCUCUGGACAUCGUCCGAGGCUGAGCCCUCUGGUGACGCCCCCGCCGCCGAGCCCGCUACCGAUGCGCCCAAGGCUGAGAGCAGCGAGGCUCCUGCUGAAGCCAAGGCAUAA